AUGCGAAAAUAUUCAAAAUUUAUUAUUGGUUUUAUUAUUUUCAAUUGUAUUUUGCUAACAACUUGUGAAGGUGAGUCAUUUUUUGUUUAAAAAAAAUUGAACAAAAAUUUUUUUUAUCCAAGAAGUUUUGAACUGAAAUUGAUUCAAAUAAAUCGAUAUUCAUUUCAGACCUCACCUUUGAAUUUUAAAACUUUUUCUGAAUUUUCAAACUUUUUUUUUCAGAUCUAUUUCAGAGUUUGAUCUACCGAUAAAAAUUGUUUUAAAAAAAAUAUUAGGCAUAUCUUUUGAGCUUCGCAAAAAAAAUUCAGAAUUUCGUAAAAAAUCCCGAUUUCCAGAUUCAAUAAAAAUAAAAAAAAUUACAAUUUUCGCACUUCAAAGCUGAUUUGGAUGCAAAAAUUUAGAAUUUUAGAAUUUUUCGCUAUAGAAAAAUAUUAGUUUUUUCUGUUUCAUUAAAAUAAUUAUAUUUUUUUUUCAAAUCUACAAUUCAUUUUUUUCAGAUCAAAAAAUAACUUGCCAUCGAGUGAUUCAUAACAAAAAAGGAAGUUGUGAAGGGAAUUUUUGUUAUUCUCAAAUUUUGAAGUACAAUAAAACUACGUAUGUUCGAAAAGGAUGUAUAGAUUAUGUGAACAAAAAACAUGUGAGUUUUUUUUUGAAUAAAUUUGAAUGUGUUCCUAAAACACUUUCUGAAAUCUCUAUUUUCAGCUCACAUGUCGAAAAAUCACAUCAGAUCUAGUUGUCAAUGAAGAAUUAUGUUAUUGUGACAAAAAAUGGUGAGCUUUUGUUUUUUACCGGAAUUUAAAAAAAAAUUCAAAAGAUAUUUUUUCAGGUGCAAUACAUCUUCGCUUAAUAAUUAUAUUUUUGCAAUUAUAUUUUCAUGUUUUUAUAUUUUUGUUAGAAGUUAGAAUUUGAUUUCUUGUUCUAGCAAAUUUUGUUUCAAUUUUUUAUUAUUUGAUAUCGGGUUUAUCAAAUCUCUUUGCUCACUUUGUGUUUUUUGAAGUUCAAUUUUUGUAAUAAAUUAUUUUAAAAAAAUUCCAAGCGUUUUUCAAUUUUGGAGCUUCUAAAAUAUGGCUCACAAAACCUUUGGAUUCUUUUCCAAAUAAAAAAAAACAGUGCAGUACCUUGUGAAAUGGCUUGACAGUCCAGAUGUACAGUUUGGAUCUGUGUCUCUCUGUCAAUUCUGAUUUUUCUGAAAAAUUAUCAAUGGAUUUGUUUGCCAGGAGACAAACUGUUUCCUUUGUAAAAGAAGAUUUUGAAUUUGAGUCGAUUUAUAUCAACGAGCACAACAAAGAGUAUUCAAAAAUAUUUUUCAACAAAAAAAAAAACGUUUUUAGCGGAAAAAAUUCCCAGAAUUAUCGAAAGUAUUUUCAAUAAAAUUUCAUGAUUCCGAAAAUAUAUAAUUUUUUGUUUAAACUUGCGAUCGAAGUUUCGUCGAACUGCUAAAAAUCAUCAAAAAAAUUUCAAAGUGUUUCAGGUUUUGCUGAAAUUGCGGAUACACUUUGGAUUUCAGCAAGACUAUCCGAGUUUACGUCAUUACCAAAAAAAAAAAACAUCUUAUUCCUAAUGCAUUUCUCAUUCUACAGAACUUAUUCCCUAUUAUUUCUGGGUUCAAAUAUUUCCAAAUCAUCAUUACCAAAAAACAUCUUAUUCCCAAUGCAUUUCUCAUUCUACACAACUUAUUCCCUAUUAUUUCUGAAUGUGAGUUCAAAUAUUCCAAACUCAAGAAUACAAAAAAUAUUAAAUGAUGAAUCAUCAGGACUGUUCGUUUCAAAAAAAUUUUUAAUCAAAGUUUCCGGUGUUUUUAAUAAUGAUUUCCGACGCGUGAUCUGCCCAUGAUUGUUGGAUAACUUUUCAUUUUAUCUAUUUGAAAUAUUCUGGCUAGUCGCUGUUUUUCUGUUCAACUUCUUCAAAGUUAGUUUAUUUUAUAUCUUACAAGGAAACCUUUUUUACCAAACUUUUCAAGCCAAAAUUCAUGAUUUCAGUUUGAAUUUGAAUAUGAAUCAUUUGUUUUUUUUUUUGAGUUUCAAUUAUUUUGCUAAAUUCAUUCUGAAAAGCUUGAAGUGAUUUUAUUCGUAUUGAGUUUAUGUAUGUAUCUUGUCAAUUUUAUAUCUCCGAUUUUCCAUAGGAGUUCUUGUUGUAUUUAUGGUUUGAAUGUCGUGGGUUGAACCAUACCUAACAUUGCUGUAAAACUAAAUUUGUAAAAAUAUUGUCUCUAGAAUGACCUAUAGCUUCUGAAAAUUUUGAAUUUUGACAACGUUACCACCUCGUAGCUCAUGAUGUUUUUGGGUUUAGUGAGUCUCUGAUUGCGUAAUCCGAUCCUUUUUUCACAGGUAUGGCGAACCGUACAAUUGAAGAAAAGUUCGAAGCCUUGUUGAAAAACCAAGAAACUAUAAUGAGAACGAUGAAGGAGUUACUCUCAAAAACUGAAGAUCUUAAAACUUUCACUAAUGCUACUACGGAUCAAAAAGACGUAUUCAGUAAGAAACGGUCUGCCUCGUCAUCCGACAACGAACGAAAACAUGAUAGGAAACAUGCGAAAUUUGAUGAAUCAGCACAAAACAACCACAAGAACAAAAAAUGCAUUCUUUGCGAAGAAUAUGGACAUCUUGCGGUAGCUUGUAAAACAUAUCCAACACUUAUAAAUCGAAAAAUGCGCAUAGCUGUUCUCAAUCGAUGCCCAGCGUGUUUGAUGCAUUCUGCAUCGAUUCCAUGCCGCACAGUUCCACAAAAAUGUCGUCACUGCGAAGAAGGGAGAAACAAUCAUCCAACUGCUUUGUGCCCAACUCUCAACGUCAAGUUUGUUGAAUCGCGUAAAUAG